CUGCAGCCAAAAUGGGCAGUCGGCGUUGCUGCAGCGGAGGAUCAGUGUUGACAGGCUGAGGAGCGGAUCGUGUCUCCUCUGUGGAGAAGUUGUACGACAGUGUUGAAGAGUCGGAUCAGGAUCUGCAGCCGGAACAUGGAAACUUCACCGGACACCUGUGGACAGAGAACCGUCCAAGCCCUGCUGCUGCUGUGUCUCCUGGUGGUAAAGGCGGCAGCCGGCUGUCUUAAACCUUCAGGAAGAGAAAAUAUUGUCCUAUCCACUAAAGCACUUCUACUGAAUGACUACCCAGAGCGCGUUGAAGUUACUUUAGAGUGCGCCAAUGGAUAUGAAAGAGAAAGUGGCUCUGGGAAUAUAGCCUGCAUUAAUGAGAAGUGGACUGAACCUGAUCUCAUCUGCAAAAAAAAGGACUGUGGUCCCCCAGAAACUCAGCCAAAUAUGAGGUUUAAUAUCAGUGCAGGUACCUUGUUUGGUGCUUUAAUAAAAGCCACUUGUGAUGAAGGCUACAAGCUUACUGGCUCAGCCUACAAACAGUGCUUUCCUGCAGGGUGGAGUGGAAGAGCCAAGUGUAUCAUUGUAACAUGCCCUAAACCUCCUGAAGUGACCAAUGGUAGAAUCUCAUGGGAUGCUCAAAAUUUGCCAAAAUAUGGAGAAAUCAUACAGUACACCUGUGAUGAAGGGUACACCCUCAUUGGGGAAAGUAGCAUUGUGUGCAGUGCAACUGGUAAAUACAAUUCUCAGCCUCCAGAAUGCAAAGGUGUGACAAAAGAAGAUAGAAGUACACCAGCAUCUCCAGCGCAAGAAGCAUCAACUUCUGCAGAUGCAUCAGUCACACCUACAGCUUCCACAACAGCAGCUGUCUCACCUUCAGUACGAGGUGGCUUGAACAUUUUGACAGCCGUGAAUACUACAACCAGUGUAACGUCCAGUACAUCGUCUUCAGUUCCAGGGAGCUAUGAUGAGAUUGAAGAUGUUAACAAGGAUUCUGGAAAUGUGCCUGUGAUAAUCAGUGUAAUAGCCGUUUCAUUAGUUGUAUCUAUAUUUGUGUUCUUUAUACACAAGUUUCUACUGAGGAGAAAAGGCUCAUAUGACACCAGAGAAGACCUGAAGCCGGAGUUAUUACAGUUCCAAAAUCUUUAGAUUGCCUGCCUCACUCAGCUUUGCAAAUGGAACAGCCCCUAUCUGUUAAAGAGCAUCUGUGAUCGCAGGAGGACGUGCCAAGAAACUGUAGCAGCACCUCUCUGAGUCAGUGGAACAAAAAGAGAACUCACUUUCAAUAUUGUUGCACUUCAAAUGGCAGAUCAUCAAACCUGCUGUAAAUUAUCAUCAUUUAAGGGGAAAUAUGAGCUCCUGUGAUUCAAAGCACUUUUUGUGAUUAUGUUUUUAUCGACGCAAUAUUUUAACAUAAAAUUGUAAAUAUUUUAUUCCACUUUAGUAUUAUUGUUUGUAUUAUUUAUGCUGGAAACUGGAGUAAACACUUAAACAUUGCCUUCUUGUGUUACAAAGUAUUGCAGUAUUGUUUUUACAGUAUUUUAAUUGAUAAAUCUUGUGGCCAAAAGUUUACAUGUUCUUAAUGGGCUGUUUUAUUAGGACAGAACUGUAACAUAAGGGAUUCAAGAGGCACACAAUGUGGUUAAUUCAGUUUGCAGACUGAAGUGGUCUCUGAUAAAGAUACAAUCAGUUACA